AUGGAGAGGCACGAAAAUGAACCUCAACCUGAUCCAAACCUCAUUGAUUGGUCCUCUCCAUCGGAUCCGGAUAACCCAAUGAAUUUCUCCAGGCUACGGAAAUGGAUCAUCACAGUCUUCAUGGGAAUAAUGGCUAUUUGUGCCACAUUUGCAUCAAGUGUAUUCAGUGUAGCAACGGAUGCAACGGCCAAGGAGUUCCAUGUUUCCCCAGAGGUGACCACAUUGGGCACGUCAUUAUUUGUCUUGGGUUUCUCUUUUGGGCCAAUCUUUUGGGAUCCUUUCAGCGAACUCUUUGGUCGCAAAACCCCGCUAUUUAUCGGCUUCUUCUGCUUCAGCAUCUUCCAGAUUCCAGUUGCUGUCGCCCAAAACCUUGAAACCAUCAUGAUCUGCCGGUUUUGGGGAGGUUGCUUCGGAGCUGCACCUUUGGCAGUCGUCGGCGGAGCCCUGGCGGACAUAUGGAACCCAAUUGAUCGCACCAUGGCAAUCUGUAUCUUUGGCGGCGGCACAUUUAUCGGUCCGGUGGGUGCUCCCAUCAUGGGCGGUUUCAUCACCCAAUCACAUCUCGGCUGGCGCUGGACAGCAUGGAUAACCCUGAUCAUGAAUGCCUUCUUUGGAAUGCUCGCUUUUAUUAUCGUGCCAGAGACUCAUGGACCAACGAUCCUACAGCGACGGGCGAAGAAGGUCAGGCACGAGACGCACAACUGGGCCAUCCAUGCAGCCAAAGACGAAGCACCACUGCACUUGAAGACUAUCACAACCGUGUACUUGCUUCGGCCAUUCUAUUUGCUGAUCAGAGAGCCUAUACUCUUGCUUGUGACGCUGUACCUCUCGUUCAUUUAUGGGAUCUUGUACCUUUUCCUGGAAGCAUAUCCCGUGUCAUUCCAAGAGCAGCGUGGAUGGAAUUUAGGGGUCGGAAGCCUGCCAUUUAUUUCAAUAAUCGUCGGAGUCGGCUUAGGAUCCGCGGUGAUGAUUGUGUCGACAAGAACUAGAUUUAGGCGGAAGUAUAUUCAGAGCGGGAACAAGGUCAUUCCGGAGGAGAGACUUCCGCCGAUGAUAUUGGGGGCGAUGGCUCUUCCAAUCGGCUUAUUUUGGUUUGCGUGGACAAGUAGUCCAAAGAUGACUUGGGUACCACAAGUCUUGGCCGGUGUCCCGGCGGGUAUGGGAAUCUAUGUCGGCUUCUGGCAAGGACUGAAUUAUAUCGUCGAUUGCUAUGGACCUUAUGCAAAUAGCGCAAUUGCAGCGAACACAUUUGUUAGAUCCUUGGCAGGAGCGGGUUUCCCAAUGUUUGCUGUGGCCAUGUAUCACACACUUGGCGUGGAUUGGGCGACGACCUUGCUUGCGCUUCUAUGUAUAGCCUUCAUACCCGCGCCGAUCUUGCUCUUUGUCUAUGGGCACAAAGUCCGUGGGUGGUCAAGAUUUACCGGUUAA